CAGCGCUCUGCUGCGGCUUCGCAUUUGAAGAAGAAGAAACCCGGAAGUUUACGGAGCCGCUGGCCCGCAGCAGGAGUGGAUAAUCUUCAAACCGAGGGUCAGGUGGGAUUUAAGCAGGAGCUGCUCCUGUAACAUGGCCGACCUCUGGCAGAACGCCAUGGACCACGCCGUCGCCAUCGCACGAAAAGCUGGAGAGGUGGUGCGUGAGGCUCUGGGUGACGACAGGAAGGUGAUGACAAAGAGUUCGUCGGUCGACUUGGUGACACAAACUGACCAGAAGGUGGAACAACUCAUCAUCCAAUCAGUGAAGGAGAAAUUCCCCACACACAGGUUCAUAGGGGAGGAGUCAGUGGCUGCAGGUGAAGCAUGUGACCUCACAGACAGUCCCACCUGGAUCAUCGACCCCAUAGACGGGACCACCAACUUUGUUCACGCAUUUCCUUUUGUUGCUGUUUCCAUCGGAUUCUCUGUCAACAAACAGAGUGAGUUUGGUGUGGUCUACAGUUGUCUUGAAGACAAGAUGUUCACAGCGAGGAGGGGAAAGGGAGCAUUUUGUAAUGGAGAGGCACUGAAGGUUUCUGAUCAGAAAGACAUCACGCAGUCAAUAAUCGCCACAGAGUUUGGAACCAGCAGAGACCCUGAAGCUGUUGACAACAUCUUCUCCAGUCUGAGGAACAUCCUCUGCAUCCCUGUUCACGGGGUGCGUGGUGCAGGAACUGCGGCCAUCAACAUGUGUCUGGUUGCGUCCGGUUGUGUUGAAGCGUAUUAUGAGAUUGGGAUCCACGUUUGGGACGUCGCAGCUGGCUCGCUGAUUGUCUCAGAGGCCGGCGGAGUCUUGAUGGAUGUGGAAGGGGGAGCGCUGGACCUAAUGUCCCGCAGAAUCGUUGCUGCCAACAGCAAAACCAUUGCUGAGAGGAUCGUCAAAGAGAUCAACUCCUUCAGUCCUCCCAGAGAUGAUGCACCACCACCAAAACAGUGAAGAACUGCAAUUCAUUUUGGGUUAAACAACAGAUUUUAUUGGUCAGUCUGAAACUGAUGUUUAGUUUAGUUUAUAAAGUUUGGGAUAAAUAAAG